AUGGCUUACCAGCCCAUCGUUGCCCACGUCGACACCGACGUGAUCCGCUUCUCUCAUGGCGUCAUCGACCUGUGGAUGCGUCCUCAGAGGACGAUCAAGGCAUGUUACGGUGUCCCAAGGACAUCUUCGUCUAGCCGAACUGGAAACGGUGACGCAGGGGUGGAUUCAAAUGGCGACGUGACAAUGGCGGGUGCAUCGUCGUCGGAUGUGCCCAGGUCCGAAUGGCUCGUUGGUGACGCCCUCGACGAGGCGUUAGGUGCCGACGGUGAGGAGAGGAUUGAGGUGCGCUGGCCGUUCGUGGAGGUUGCUGGAAAACAGGACUGGGAAGGUCGCGAGUUUGUCCUCCUCCACAUGUACGCGCUCCUCAACGUUCAACCCAGCAACAACACGGCGCCACUGCUCCUGAUCCCACCAGCAGCUCCACCAUCAUUCCCGUUGCCCGACCAGGCUCUCUACUGCCAGAUGGUGUUUGAGAAUCUCAACGCUCCUCAGCUCUGUCUUCUCCCAAGCCCGCUUGCUGCGCUUUGGGCUCUCAACGCCGUCACCGGUGCCGCUCUGCACAUUGGUCGGAACACGUCCGAGGUCUCAAUUGUUGUCGACUCGGUUGUCCGGUACGAAUGCGUCAAGUCGGUAAACCUUGGCCAGGCCGACUGCGAGGCGCACCUUGAUGCGCUCCUGAUGGCCGACGACAUUCUCAACACUGAGCUGCUGUCUGCCGCCGGUGUCGACAACUGGACUGAUGGGCAAAAGGAAAAGCUUGUGAAGGAAAUCCGCCAGUUCAUCUUCGCAGAGUGCACUGGAGACGACAUUGAGGUUCCUGUCGCCAAGGGAGGUGCCAAGGCCGUGGUUAUCAUUGCUGCCCAGCCCGAAGAGGAAGAUGCGUUCGACGUUGCCAAGAAGCUCACUGCCGACGCCAUUCCUCAGGCUGCCGCUGCUGCCUCGCACAAGUCGAAAAAGGCCCAGGCUGCCGCCGCCGCUACUGCUGCUUCCAAGGCGUCAGCGGCCGCCGAUGCAGCAGCUGCCGCUGCUGCCGCGGACGUCAUUAUGGUCACUAUCCCUUCCCUUCCGGAGAAGGAGAUUCCCGUCGGCCCUGUUCGGCAUCGCCUGUGCGAACCACUUCUCAUGGGCAAGACGCGUGGUGGCGACACUGUCUGGGAGGCAUUGGGACGCGCUGUCGAAUCCUCGAGCUUGAACAUCAACGAACGUCUUCAGAUCUGGGACGCCAUUGCCGUCACAGGUGACAUGGCCCGUUUCAAGUCGUUCCCUACCUCGCUCGUCACCUACCUUUCUCCCUUCCUCCUCACCAGCACAGAGCUCCCUUCCGACCAGCAGCCUGGUCGCGUUCGCUUGUUAUCCAUUCCUGACUACGUUGCCAACUUCAAGGGUGCCACAUCCGACCUCGCCCCCUUCCUCGGCGCGUCCAUGAUCGCCAAGGUCGCAUUCAGCGAGAGCCAGGGCAAGCACUCAAUCUCCAAGGUGGACUAUAACCUUCACGGACCUGCCGCCAUAUAUGGCAUCUGGCAGCAGGAGUAG